GUAUAAUAUAUUCCCAUUUGGUAAUCUAACCUCCUCCUCUUCCUCCAUUGACGCAGUCUUCGGCAGCAGCCAGCAGCUCUCCACCCCUAGCAGACUUCCUCCUCUAUUACUAUAUUGUACAUAGAAAGCGCGAAUGAGUUGACGGGUAAAGGACGCUUCAUAAGCUUUGGCGUCUGCUUCUUCUAGACCCGUUCCAAAGUUGGAACAUAACCCGACUCUUCUUCUUUUCAUUCUUCUGGUUAUCUUAUAAACCUGCACAGGGCCUUGCCGGUACAAAGAUGGAUACGAAUUUCCACUGAGGGGGGAAGAAGAAGAAGAAUAUAAGACUUCACGGUUCAGUGGUCGAUACCAUCGAGUCUAUUCCUCUUUUUAAUUUCUCAUCCCCCAAAAGCUGUCAUAGCUUCAAUCUCUUGCAUGUCUCUGGCUCAAAGAAAUUCACAUGCCAACGACGUUAAAGAUAAGUAAAUAAAUGGAAAAAGAAAAACUAUAGAGAAACGAGAAUUCUACAAUUUUUUUACAUAUGGGGAUUCGGUAAUAUAAGAUUUUGCUGCUUGAGCUUGGUGUAUAUACAAGACGCCUGAAACGUCCGAGUAAAAGCAUAGUUUGGCUGGAGAAGAUAGUGCUUAAGUUCAACUAUUAAGGGGCUUCACAGAACUGCUGCUAGUAUUAGAAAUGGGAAAGCACUUGUGGAGGGAACCUGCUAAUCAGCAAUUUGAGGAUAAUCAUCCAGGCUGCAUGUGGGGAAUUCUUCAUGUCCUUGAUUACCAUCAUUGGAACUAUAAUGUCAAGAAGACACGGCCUCACAAAAAACUUAAUGGACCAAGAUAUGACAAAGGCAAUGUAAGACAUAAAACAAGAUUGUAUUUAGCUGAUUCUGAUGAAAUGCAAAAGCUCGUGGAUGCUGAGACUGAUCCAAGUAGCAGAAAGACUAGCUCAACAAACAAACGAUCUCUCAGAGAACGCAUAAAAGCAUUAAUUUCUAAAGAGAUGUCUAAGGAAGAGAGCCACGGACAAAGAGGUUCAGGCUUACCUCGGUCACAGCUGCAGCGAACUUAUUCAAUCCAUCAUUUAGAACCUUCAGAUCAAGAGCCUCAUGGGAAAAACACAGGUUGGAAUCGCCCAAUUAUUUUCCUGCCCGCUAAUGCUGAAAGUAAUGCUGGUGUCACCAGAUCGCGAGAUCAAGGCCACAUGAACGGUACCAAGAGUCCAGUUGGCAGCAAUGACAAUUUUGUUGCAGAUGAUAUUGACAAUGUUUUGGAUUGCUUGGAUAAAGAGCUCACCGAGAAUCUCAAACUGAACUCGGAGAAGUGUGAAAAGGCAAAGGAAAUUUCAGAAAACCAGAAACACAUGGAAACUAGCCAGCACCGUGGAAAUGCUUCAAAUGAUGAGUCUGCAGACGUUCUGGAAAUAUUUAGGGUGAAUAAAGAAUUAUUUUUAAAAGUUAUGCAAGAAACAGAUGAUGGAAUUGCAAAAUGCUAUCAUAAUCUGCCUGCUGCGAGAUUAAUUAAAUCAGGGUCAUUUCCUGCUGCUAACUUUUCACACAAUAGAAAAUUUAGGCCUAGUACUCCCAGACACAAACAAAAUGAAGUUUGGUCUUCCCUAAAGGGAGAGAAGUUUGCUGGAACUCAGGCUCCAAAGUUGGUUGCAUUCAAGUCUCUAAGGGAUCCAGAGACAAUUUCACAGCUUCUCAUGGUUGUUGAAAAGGGAGGAAAAGUGCAAACUCAUGAUUUACCCUUUUAUUUGAAAUACCCAACUGAGGAACUAGAUGAGAGAGGGAAUAACAAAGUACCGCUGAAUCCUUUAUGUCAGAAAACAGAAUAUGCAGUUGGGGAGCAUGAAGACAAGUUGAACAGUUUUCAUGAAAUCGGUGGUUCUGUUUAUGAUCUCAGUAAGGACAAACCAACUCACAUUAGAAGAACAUCUUCUUUAAACGAAUCACUGGAAAGAUAUGCUCAGUUGUUUCAGAAUAGUUUCAACAGGGAGGUCAAGUUGCACGUCUCAAAGAGCUUAAAGUUGACAAAUGAGUCUGAGAUUCUGUCAGGUGAUGCUCCAAAAUCGUUCAAAAGGGUUCGGUCUCUAACUCAUCUUGAUUCUUAUCCUUCCGUUCCAAAUGAGCUGUCUUCUGAUGCUCAUUUUUCAGGGGUACCUAUUAGGACAGUUGUGGAUGGCACUGAGCAUGUUGCAAGUGAUAGUCAUGAUGAAACAAAGCCAGUAAAUCUUCCUAUAAAUGCAGAGCAUGUCCCAGCAGAAGCUAAUAAGGAGAGUGAAUGUCUAUAUGACACUGUAGAAACAAGUUCUAGUAGUCAGGAAAAGGAACACUUAUCCAGCUUAAUAGAACAUAUAAAUCAGCCUGGUACUGCUAAGGUGCUUGAGCUUGGCGAGGAAAUGGAAAAGCAAACUGUAAGGGAAGGCAAUUUUGUUGAAGAACGGGAGAUUGCCAUCAAUAAUCUUCCACGAGCAAGACCGACUUCAGUUGUCCGAAGCUGUUCCCAAGAAGAUGUAACCAGAUGUGCAGAUUUUUCAACCUCAGAAGGAUCUGAGGGCAGAGGCGAUUAUGUUGACAAGGAACCUUCAGUUGACUCACGAUGCACUUCUGGUUCAGAUACCCUAGCAAGUUCUAAUGGGACAGGAAAGCCUGAGAAUUUUCAAAAUGCAAGCAUGAGUGUUAAGAAUGAGAGGCUUAUUGAAUUAUGUACAAAUGACAACACCGACUUUGAUUUUGUCCACGCUAUUCUUGAGCACUCGGGCUUCAAUGGAAAUAGCUUCCUUGGAACAUGGCACUCAUUGGACCAGCCACUGAGCCCUUUGGUGUUUGAAGAAGUGAAGGCUUGCUGGCCCCAUGAAUCCCAAUGCUCCGGAGAAGAAACCUAUACCUGUUGUCAUCACCAGCUUAUGUUUGAUUUAAUUAAUGAGGUUUUGCUUCAGAUACGUGAUAGUUCAUUCACCUACUAUCCAAAGGAAUUGUCAUUCAGUUGUCGCUUACGCCCAAUGCCUGUGAAUUUGAGGCACCACAUUCUAGAGGAGGUCUGGGGAAGAAUCAGCAAGAUCCGAAGCUUAAGGCUGGGGAUGGAUCAGUCAGUGGACUGUGCCAUUGUUCAAGACCUGGGGAGGGAUGAUGGCUGGAUGAACCUCCAGAUGGAAACCGAGUGUGUGGCACUUGAGCUGGAGGAUAUGAUUUUGGAUGAACUUUUGGAAGAAAUCAUAUGCUCGUGAGAUCUUUUUUGGGCCAGACCAAGUUGCACUCUCCGCACUAAUGUUAUUCUUCCAGGCCAGUCUGGUACAUCAAAAUUUACUUCUUCAUUCAAAUUCAAUGUAUAUUUUCUUCCAUGGAAAACUCUAUGGUUUGUGGGAGAAGAUGAAAAUUGAAAUUCUGCAACAGCUACACAGACUGCAGCAUGCUGAAUCUCAAUGGUUUGAAAUUCAGCUGUUUUCUCAUUGCUUCUGGGCAAUCAGGUGGGACUUGGAGAAAAAAUUAGUUUGAUCCAAACUCCAUACAUACAGCAAUUCGUAGAUAGAAAGUAAAAAGGAUGGUUUCUGUAUUUGUGAUCAUUGAUUGUAUAGAAAAUGAUGUACUUAACGUCAUUGAGAUUUUGUAUUUUAGCAGUUAUCUUAGAGACUACAGUUAUAUAUAUGCUUGUCAUGAUUGAUUA